AUGACGACGCCUGUUACGACGCCUGGGACGAUCAUUUGUAGCAUUUGUCUGGACCUGUUGGCAUCGGCCCAAAGCUCUCCAGCUCUUUCAGAUCCUACUACUAGACUCACAACAGUAAACACAACCCACGACAUACAAAAGGAGAUUGCCUAUCUUUCAGGGUGCUGCCAUAACUAUCAUGACCGGUGCAUUAGUAUAUGGGCAAACACCAGUAACACCUGCCCCACUUGUCGUGCUAGGUUUGGUGAAAUCACAGUGCGAAACGGCUUGGAUGGUGACAUUGUGCGCACUUAUCCUGUAGCUGACAAACGCGCACCGUCUGUCUACUAUCCGGAGUCCCGCGACGAAAUCUCAGCAGCCCUCCGUGCAACCGAUAGCAGAAUCUUUAGCGGACUUUUUGGUCUUCAUGUUGGCGGUGCGCAUCCUUACGUCACUCUACACAGACUGCAGGCCCAACUUCAAAAUCAUGAAACCGAGCGUCUGGCAAUUGCUAGAGGUCAAACCAACUCAGUGACUCCAAGUGCAACGGAAUCUAGUCUUCAAAAUCAUCGUAUGACCUCUUCUUUUCAGACUCACUGUCAAAUAUGUGGUACAUCAGAACAGGCGACCGUUAUUACAACUUGUCCUGGCUGCCAGUACAGUUUUCAUCCCGAGUGCUUGCAAGAGGGUCUAGAAGAGACUGGUGGGACUCCUCGGGCUACCGAAGACUGGUUCAUGUGUCCAUCGUGCAACAUUACUACAUUUAUCCGUAACCAUAGCGCUGGCGGCGUUGUUACCUUGGACGAGAUUGUGUUUGCUCGUGGACCUGUUACUGCUACCAAUAGUACUGCUACGACAGCGCGGACUCGAGCUUUACGGCCUACUUCUCGGCCAGCAACAUCAUCAACUACUCAGUUAAGCCUAACUGAUUAUUAUGACACUAAUGACGACCUCGAUUAUGACUUUUCUGACAUUUUUGAAGACCUGAUUGACUUUGAGGAGUAUGAUGAUGACGAAAAUGAUAGCCAGGAUCUAUUUAUGCAGACAUCGCACCAUACUGGAGCGGUGCGUGGCGGGACUCUCCGCCUCACAUCUUCCUUUAUGCCCACGCGUGGUUCUUGGGCAUCCAAUAGACCUCUUCGAGAAAGGCCUGUGGCAGGCAGAAGAAGAAACGGUUCCACAUUGAAUACCAAUCGGUCUGAACCAGAACCUGCUGUACUACUUCGUCAACCAACUCAUACACCAACGCCACCAGUUGAAGUUCCGCAGCUACCAGAGGAAGAGGUGCUUUCGUGGCGUCUUUUCGAACAAGCUCGAGCCGCUUCGGAGCAAAACACGUCAUCGUCAUCAUCAUCGUCAUCGUCAUCCCCGUCUUUGCUGCCACAGUUGCCUAGCACUAGCACCACCUCUCAGGUUAGUACGUUUCCGACGCCAGGUGUCGGCGCCGGUGAUGGUGCUGGCGCAGGGCCCGGCGCCACAGAUGUUAAUAAUAAUACUAACACUGCUGUUGCAGAUGGCUCUUCCACCGCUUCCUCUUCUGGACGAGAUAUCCACGGACGAAGAGGCCGAACUGGAGGCCGAGCUGGAAGCUCUUCAAACAACUCGACUGUUUCAGAACGGGCUGUGGGAGUUGGAGGAGAACGAGAACAACAAUCAGGAGUCGGAAGGGUUUCUGGAUGCUCACAUGGACCCACGAGCGUUACAGUUCAGAGUACGCCGCCGUCUGGAGCGUCUGGAACGCGCACAGCAGCGCGCCACACGCAAACGUCUUCUAGUCAAGAUCCAAGGGUGGGCAAUUCUGGUGCUUCUUCUGGCUCGAGCAGUGACACUCGUAAUCGAGUGUGUAAGAAACUAAAACGACCUGGAAGACGGCGGUCAGGCCAGGAAGCCGGGUCUUCUGAACAUGCAAGUAGUGAGUCACGUGGUGGUUCAGAGCCUGACCCGCCGUCUACAGCAUCAACAGAGUCGAGUAGUAGUAGUGCAGAACCAACGCAGAUUCAAAUGCUUUUAAACAGUAUUCGACAACCUACAACACCAUCUGUUAUCUUUGCUUCUAACAGUGUGGGUCUUUCGUCUUCUGUCUCAAUGACCAAUCUUACGACUACUGGGCACUAUAGCCGUAGUCCCAGUCCUCCUGCAGCUGCCAUUUCUGGGUCGCUGUCUUCGCCUACUACCACGCUGACAAGAGCUAUCAAAAUAACACCGCCAUCCUCUCCACCUUCUCAACAAUCAAACGAUCUAGUUCUUCGGGACAUAUCCCCACUUCCACCUUCACUGCCACUCCAUUCUUUAUCGCGAUCAUCGUCUUUUAGACCCCAAAGCUCUACUACGGAAGAUGUUGAAAUGAACGACGACAACCAAGCGGUACCCGUAAACGACGCGUGCGGCUCAUCAGCAUCAACAAAGACAUGCCAACAGCCGCACAGUCACUUUAGCGCUGGAGGAAGCAGUAGCAAUAGUAACAACAAUAACAGCAGAGGUAACCAACAGAAACAUCGCCAUCAUCAUCACGGACAAAGACACAAGCGGGGUGCACCGCCAUUAAGUGCAAGAGAUAAGACUAGACUACAGGAACUAGUACGAGAUGUGUUGCGGCCACUAUAUCGUGCUGGCAAAGUGACGAAGACAGAAUACACUGAGAUUAACAAGCGGGUGAGCCGAGCUAUGUACCGACGGGUGUUUAGCGACAAGGUAGUAAGUACGCGACACCAGGGGACGCACUCUGAGGACUAUGAAAAGAUGGAAGUUUUACGAGGUGAAGACGAGGGGGAUGAUGAAAGUGAAGAAGAAGUGGAAGGGGCUGGAGAGAUAGAGAGACAGGGGCAAGGACAAAAUGAAAGGCUGCUGGACAAGACGCGGACCAAAACAGCGACAGUUUACGUGCUCAAGUAUACGCAAAGAGAGCUUGCACGAUGGAAAGAAUUGGCUGGCGAGUACGUUGAGCGCGAAUGCACAAGACGACGAGAGCCUGGAUCAACAUCUGCUACUACAAGUGCUACAAGUGGGGCAGUUGCUGUGGCAGGUCCGUCUUCGUUAGGCCUAAGACAACCUCACCGAUCGUAUGCCUCUGAGUAA